GAUCGCAUUUUGAUCUCCGCGUGGGAAGAUCGAUUCGCCGGCGGCUUGUUUCGGUACGACGUCACCGCGGUCAGCACAAAGGUUAUAGACGGCAAAAAGAAGUACGUCGCGCAGUUCAACAUCGGUCGAGCGACGAAUAAACGCCCGACAGAGUUUUCUGUGGAUAAGGUUUGCCAAGACUUUGACGCGAACAAGUUCAACUUCACGAAAGCGGAUCUCAAAGAGGUGCUCUUUUCUUUCACCAAGCUCGCUGGUGAGGCGGACGAAAACGUCAGUCGCUCUGUGUUUGAACCGUCAGCAGCCGUGGGUGAGAGCCCGACCGUGGUUCUGAUCAAUGUUUCGCCGAUCGAGUACGGACACGUGCUGCUUUGUCCUCGCGUGACAGACAUGCUUCCGCAGCAAAUCAGCCCAGAAAAUUUGCUUCCGGCGCUGUACAUGGCGGCUGAAUCGCGAAAUCCGUACUUCCGCGUAGGAUACAACUCCCUCGGAGCGUACGCGACGAUCAAUCAUCUUCAUUUUCAGGCGUACUAUCUCAUGGAAGCGUUUCCCAUCGAGCGUGCGAACACGGUCGAAAUCUUCCCGGGUACGCAUGGCGACUGCACCGUAUACCGCGUGAACGGUUACCCGGUGCGCUGCUUGUGCUUUGAAGUCGGCGAUUCCUUCGAAGAGCUCGCCUCGCUCGUGGGUGGAUGCGCCGUGAAGUUGCAAGGGGCGAACAUUCCGUUUAACAUUUUGAUCGCCGAUCACGGCGCGAGAGUGUUUUUGAUCCCUCAGGUCUUUUCGAUUCGCAUCGCGAACAACAAAAUUCCAGAGCACGUCAUUCACACGGGCGUAAAUCCGGCGGUGUUUGAAAUAUCUGGACAUCUUCUCUACAAACAAGAAUCGGACUACGAUCAGUGCACCGAGACUAGUGCAGAGGAGCUUUUGGCGUGCGCAUCGUUGACUGAAGAGCAGUUC